GUAGACAGAGCAAUCAACAUGAUUGAUUGCUUUGUGACUACUCGCGGACGACUCAAUUUAUAUUGAAGAAACUCUCGCUCGUUACACCGUCAUUAUUCUGGGAAUUGGAAAGAUAUUUCGCUUGAAGAGCUUGGAAGCUUCCCCUUCUUCUUCUGGCCCUCCGUCACAUUAUUCAACUACCUUGGUCUCAUACAAUGGCUUCUGUAAAGUUGACCGCCCCCAAUGGGAGAACAUACCUCCAGCCCACAGGAUUGUUCAUCAACAACCAAUGGAUAGAAUCGUCCGACGGUGGCAAGAUAGCCAGCAUCAAUCCUACCAACGAACAAGAAAUAAUUUCUGUGUACGCAGCGACGGCUCAUGAUGUUGAUAGAGCCGUUCAGGCCGCGCGGAAAGCCCUUCAUCACCCAAGCUGGAGAGACCUGCCUGCCUCGGACCGCGGGAAGUGCAUGACGCGCCUUGCACAGUUGAUGGAAGACCACCGUGAGACGCUGGCAACCAUUGAGACGUGGGACAAUGGCAAGCCCUACUCGGUAUCGCUCAAUGAAGAUCUAACCGAAGCCAUUGAGACCUUGACGUACUACAGUGGUUUUGCGGACAAGGUAUUCGGUCAGGUGAUCGAGACAACACCCGAAAAGUUUGCCUACACUGUUCGCGAGCCAGUUGGAGUUUGCGGCCAAAUCAUUCCUUGGAAUUACCCCCUGGCAAUGGCUGCUUGGAAGCUCGGCCCCGCCUUGGCCUGCGGGAACACGGUUGUCCUCAAACCGGCGGAGCAAACACCGCUCUCCAUCUCGUAUUUUGCCAACCUCGUGGCGGAGGCAGGAUUCCCACCCGGCGUGAUCAAUAUUAUCAACGGUCUUGGAGCUGUCACAGGGGCAGCUCUUGCAUCCCACAUAGAUGUCGAUAAGAUUGCAUUCACGGGGUCUACCGGUACUGCGAAGCAGAUCAUGAAGAUGGCAAGCAACAACUUGAAGAAUAUUACGCUUGAGACGGGUGGAAAGAGCCCAUUGAUUGUGUUUGAGGACGCUGAUUUGGAUUUGGCUGUCCACUGGGCCCACGCUGGCAUUAUGUCGAAUCAAGGCCAGAUCUGCACCGCGACGUCGAGAAUUCUGGUCCAGGACACUGUCUACGACAAAUUCCUGGCAGCUUUCCGAAAUCAAGUCACGAGAAUCUCCAAGGUCGGCAACCCCUUCGAGGAGAGCACUUUCCAGGGACCCCAAAUUACCAAGGCCCAAUACGAUAGGAUUCUCUCUUAUGUCGACAUCGGCAAGAAGGAGGGCGCAAAGCUAGAGCUUGGAGGUCAUCCCCACGAGCCUGAUAACCCCGGUUAUUUCAUCGAACCCACAGUGUUCACUGAGGUCACUCCCCAGAUGAGAAUUUUCCAGGAGGAGGUGUUCGGCCCGUUUGUCGUCAUAUGCCGCUUCCGCUCCGAGGAAGACGCCAUUGCCCUGGCUAAUGAUUCCGAGUACGGUCUCGGGAGCGCGCUGUUCUCUACAAACCUUGCUCGUGCUCAUACUGUGGCAAAGAGAAUUGAGGCAGGCAUGGUCUGGAUCAACUCAAGUAACGAUAGUGACUGGCGGAUACCAUUUGGUGGUGUCAAACAAAGCGGUAUCGGGAGGGAAUUGGGUGAGGCUGGCCUGUCUGCUUAUUCAAAUAUCAAGGCGAUUCAUGUCAAUCUUGCUAGACAGUCAAAGUUGUAACAUACCAUCCUUUUGCUUUAA